AUGUUUGCAUCCUCGAGUUUACAGAUUUUGGGAUUCGCCCUCGUGGUACUUCUGGUGGACGCCGCCCCCCAGCACGGCCACCACGCCACUUCCUACGCUUCCGUCACCAGACACGAUUCCCACCCCCAGAUCCACACUCUGGUUAAAGCCACCCUUCCUGUCGCCGUCCACACCCAACUGCACGCCGCCCCCGUUUUAGCCCAGCCGGUUCAUCACACCGUAGACUACCAUGCUCACCCCAAAUAUGCUUUCAAAUAUGGAGUUCAAGAUCACCAUACCGGUGAUGUUAAAGAGCAAGAGGAGUCUAGAGAUGGGGAUGUGGUGAAAGGGUCGUACUCUGUCCAUGAACCCGAUGGUACUAUCCUGACUGUCCACUACACCGCUGAUAAGCACAGCGGGUUCAAUGCUGUGGUUCAAAGGUCGGGACAUGCUGCUCACCCCCAACAUGUUCAGCAUGCCGUUGUUGCCGUCCCGGUUCACCACUAA